CCGGCCGCUCCCGUCUCUCUGCCCGUGGCGUAGCGGUCCCCGCCCGAGGAGGCCGCGGCGGCGCCGCCCGCCGAGCCAUGGCCCAGCCGGGCCCCAGCGCCCAGACCGAAGAUGCUCUUCUACAACGGGUAGCAGAAUUGGAAAAGGUCAAUGCAGAAUUUCUGCGCACAAAGCAGCAACUUGAGCAAGAAUUUAAUCAAAAGAGAGCAAAAUUUAAGGAGUUAUACCUGGCUAAGGAAGAGGACCUGAAAAGACAGAAUGCAGUGCUGCAGGCGGCCCAGGAUGACCUGGGCCAGCUGCGGACCCAGCUGAUGGAAGCCCACGCGGAAAUGGAGAACAUCAAGGCCAUAGCCACAGUGUCAGAGACCACCAAGCAGGAGGCCAUCGACGAGGUCAAGAGGCAGUGGCAAGAAGAAGUGGCUUCUCUCCAGGCCAUCAUGAAAGAGACUGUUCGUGACUAUGAGCUCCAGUAUCACCACAGGAUGGAGCAAGAGCGAGCUCAGUGGAGCCAGUACCGAGAAAACAUGGAGCGGGAAAUUGCAGAGUUAAGGAGGCGACUGUCUGAAGGCCAGGAGGAGGAAAACCUAGAAAAUGAAAUGAAAAAGGCUCAGGAAGAUGCCGAGAAGCUGCGCUCGGUUGUGAUGCCCAUGGAGAAAGAGAUUGCAGCCCUAAAAGAGAAGCUGGCAGAAGCUGAAGAAAAAAUAAAAGCAGCAUCAGAGGUUAAAGAACUGAACCAUUAUUUAGAAGCUGAGAAGUCGUGUAGGACAGACUUGGAGAUGUACGUGGCUGUUCUCAACACACAAAAAUCAGUCCUGCAAGAAGAUGCAGAGAAGUUGAGGAAGGAGCUGCAUGAAGUUUGCCAUCUCCUAGAGCAAGAGAGGCAGCAGCACAACCAGCUGAAGCACACAUGGCAGAAAGCCAAUGACCAGUUCCUGGAGUCCCAGCGACUGCUGAUGAGGGACAUGCAGAGGAUGGAAAUUGUGCUCACCUCAGAGCAGCUCCGGCAGGUGGAAGAGCUGAAAAAAAAGGAUCAGGAGGAAGAUGAGCAGCAAAGGCUUAGCAAGAGAAAGGAAGAGAAACAAAAAGAUUCAGAUGAUGAAACAAAGGCUUCAUGUUCUCUGGCCCCUGAAGAAACCCUUACCCAGCUCUCUAAUGAAGAGGUGCAUGUGAAUAGCACCCAUGGAUCAGUCCAUUCCCUGGAUGCAGACUUGCUUCUUUCCUCUGGCGAAUCCUUCAAUAAACCAGACACGGAUAUGUUUAAAGAUGGACUACGGAGAGCACAGUCAACAGACAGUCUGGGCACAUCUGGAUCCUUACAGUCCAAAGCUUUAGGAUACAACAACAAAGCAAAAUCUGCUGGGAACCUGGAUGAGUCAGAUUUUGGACCACUUGUUGGAGCAGAUUCAGUGUCUGAGAACUUUGAUACGGCUUCCCUUGGAUCCCUGCAAAUGCCGAGCGGGUUCAUGUUGACCAAAGAUCAGGAAAAAGCAAUCAAAGCAAUGACACCAGAGCAAGAAGAGACUGCUUCCCUGCUCUCCAGUGUCACCCAGGGCGUGGAAAGUGCUUAUGUGUCCCCCAGCGGGUACCGCCUGGUCAGCGAGACAGAGUGGAACCUGCUGCAGAAGGAGGUGCAGAAUGCAGGGAACAAGCUGGGCAGGCGCUGUGACAUGUGCUCCAAUUAUGAGAAGCAGUUGCAAGGUAUCCAGAUCCAGGAGGCUGAGACCAGAGACCAGGUGAAAAAGCUGCAGGUGAUGCUGAGGCAGGCUAACGAUCAGCUGGAAAAGACAAUGAAAGAUAAACAGGAAUUGGAGGAUUACAUGAAACAAAGUGCUGAAGACUCCUCUAAUCAGAUCUCCUUGCUCAUGGCCAAGUGUCAGAAGUCAGAGAAUUUCCUCAGUGAGCUGCAGCAGGCGUUUCUGCAAGCCAAGAGAAGUGUCCAGGAGCAAAUGGCUGUCCUGACACAGUCAAGGGAGCAGGUUUCAGAAGAGUUGGUGAGACUGCAAAAAGAUAAUGAAAGUCUUCGAGGAAAACACAGCUUGCAUGUGUCCUUACAGCAGGCUGAAGAUUUCAUUCUACCAGAAGCAGCAGAGGAACUCCGUGAGCUGAUCCUCAAGUACCGGGAAGACAUCAUCAGUGUGAGGACAGCAGCAGAUCACCUCGAGGAGAAGCUGAAGGCUGAGAUCCUGUUCUUGAAAGAGCAGAUCCAAGCUGAACAAUAUUUGAAAGAAAAUAUAGAAGAAACUCUACAGCUGGAAAUAGAGAAUUGCAAAGAGGAAAUAGCUUCCAUUUCCAGUUUAAAAGCUGAACUAGAAAGAAUAAAAGUGGAAAAGGAGCAGUUGGAAAGUUCUUCACAGGAAAACCUGCAGCAGCUGGAGAGUCUGCAGGAGGCAAAGAACACUCUAGAAGAACAGCUGAAGAAGGAGACUGCAGCAAAGGCCAACCUUGAGCAGCUGGUGUUUGAAGAGAAGAACAAAGCUCAGCGGUUGCAGACUGAAUUAGAUGUCAGUGAGCAAGUGCAGAGAGACUUUGUAAAGCUUUCUCAGACACUUCAGGUGCAGCUGGAGAGGAUCCGGCAGGCAGAUUCCCUGGAGAGAAUCCGUGCAAUCCUGAACGACACAAAACUGACGGACAUUAAUCAGCUCCCUGAAACAUGACACCCUGAUGGGCUCCGAGGCUGCGUCUGGGGUUUUUAACUCAUCUUUAUAGCAACAUUAAUUAUUAUUUAACUCUAACCGAGAGAGCAGAAGACAACAGAGGGCAGCGAUGACUUAAGUUUUGUUUCUAGAGGGGAAAAAGGUUUCGUACUGGGCAGGAAGAGAUCACAAGAGUGACUUGUAGUGUAGGAAGGAGAACUUUCUAGUGGAAACACUAAUGAGUGCAGUGUUUCGUGUUCCACUGAGUGGGAUCAGUCCUUACAUUCUGAAAAACUUCCCUCUUUCAGCCGACUUCGUAACCUAAUAUAGAGUUUUGGAACAUAUACCCCUGUCUUUCCCUCUGUCCUUUCCCCCACUACUGUGAUCAAAGUAGCUGCUGGAAACUGUAUUGUCCCUCCAAAACGUUGAAGAGCAGAGUGGUUGAAGUUUUUCUGUUUGAAUAGUCAGUAACAGUAUUCAGCUAGCAGAGAGAAUGAGGUGUAGAGUAUGCUGUAUGAAUAUUUUAUAUUAAAAUAUGACUUUAUUAGCAGGACACUGGAUAUUGAUCUUAUUUCAUAACUCAGUACUUUUUUUUUUAAAACCAUUGGCUCUGUGAAGAAUCUGAAUGCUGCUGAAAUGUGGAUAUGAGUGAGCUGUGUAUCUCCUGAACAGGUAAAUGCUAGUCCAAAAAAAAAAGAACACUGUACUGAGAAUUUAAUUCCUUGCCAUUUUUCUGUUGAAUUCAGAUACUGAAAGAAAAGCACAAGAAAUGCACUGUUUUGUAAUCUCUUUUCACAAAUGUAAUUUAGAAUAUGGAGCUACAACCAGUUGUAUCUCAUCUCCUAAAGCUGAGCAGUGCCUGAAAUCCCUUCUCUGUGGAAAAAAAACCAAAAAAAACACCAAAAAACCCAAGCAGAAAAAAGCUGGUAAAAGUUGUGUGCACAUCUGAACAUUGGCCUGAGGUGGUGCAGGUGUGCUCUGCUCUGGGGGUAGCACCAGGUGUGAAGGCAGGAGCUCUGGGGAAGGUGAGGGCAGGUGCUGAAUGAAGCUGUUCCUGACCCCUCUGCUGGGUCAGCCUCGUGUCAGCACACAGGGAAUCACUCCCAGCCCCUCCUGGUCAGGGCACAGAUGUGCAGGAGCUGCAGGAUUGUGGUGCUGCAGCUUGGAGGGAGCAGUGCAGCUCUUUGGUGUCCUGGAGCUCAGAGGUGGCUCCUGUGCUGUGCCCUGGGUCUGCUCCCACACAGUUAAAUUACACUGAGUAAUGUGGCAGCAGAGGCAGGAAAUUCUUGUGAUCACUCAGUUGCCAGGUUUGGGUUUCUUGUUCUAUAAAUGUCCAGAGGUAACAUGAGCAUUCCUCCUCCUCCUGUGCUGCUGGAGUUCUGUGCACACAGCUGGACAGAUUCCUGAACUGUUGCAGGUGUUGAUGAUCCUGGUGGCACAAACCCAAUCCUUGAACUUUACAACUCAGUUAAAAGGAGGCUGAAGGAGCAGAUUCCACUGUCCUUAACUUCUAAACUUGUCCUAAACUGGAGUUUUCCCUCCAUUCCUUGUUGUUUUUCCUUCACAUACUUGGCCUGAGAUCUGAUGAUUUUCUUCAUCACCUUCAAAAGUGACAGAAAAUGCUCCAAACUGCAAUGCACAUGACUAUGUAUUUUAAGUGCUUAGAUCCUAUUUUUAGCAGUGUAUAUCCUGCUACUGCAUAAAGUCAGAACCAGUGGUUUUGAAGAGGAA